UCAUCUUUGACAUAGCCAAUGAUGACAAUAUUAAAAGGAAUCAAGUCAUGUUCAAAAUUCAUAGUCAAUUUCAUAUAAAAUAUGUUUUUGAAUCUUUUGGGUAAGGUAUAGACUUAUUUUGUUAAUUUUCGAAGAACUUCCGGCAUGGCUAAGAAUGACGAAAAUGCAGUUAAUUGUGCGAUCAACGCUAUAUUGGAAGAAACAAAUAAAAUGUUUGAAAAGGGAAAAUCUGAAAUGGAACAAAAUUUGAAAAGACUAACGGAACAGACUAAAAUACAGAUCGAUAAUAUUGUUCAAGAAUUAGACCGUAACUGUCAAGAAAUUAAAAAACAUGAGAAGGAUGCUAAAACUGAAAUUAAUAAGAUGGUGAAAGCAUAUACUGAAACUUUAAAGAACGCUGAAAAUGAUGCGACGAAAACCCUAAACGAGUCCUGGGGGAUAGCCAGAAAUGCGAUGGAAAAGACGUUCGACGCAGUCAAGGGCCAGUUAGGAAAUCGUGCUACGGAUUUAGAGAGCAGCUUAAAACAACUAAUAAAAUAUAGUGAAAAAAUUAUAUCGGACUGUAUCAAAAUGCUUCACGGCUUCGUAAAUAACGCUGAGAAGCAAAUUAAAACUAUCGCUGAUCAACAUAUAAAGAGUAUAAAAAAUUAAAAGAAAACAAAAUAAAAGUACAUAUUUGAAUAAUUAA